AUGGAAUCAGUUCCCGAUCUUCAGAACACUAUGUACGCUUCCAUCGACGGAUAUCCUUGCGUGCGCCUGCUGAAUCUCUCUGGAAACAUCGGUUGUUCUAAUCCUGGGCGUGAUAAGGUUGUGGCUCCUAUUGUACGGUUCGAAAAUGUUGACAAAAUAGCUGAGCCGUCUGCUAUACUGGUGUCACUGGAUGAGUUUCUAACUCUCUUUACUAGAAUAUCAGAUGACUCCAUAUUUGCUAGUAAAGUCAGCGGUGUACUUGUGGAACCAAGAACUGAUUUGCAGAACAAGUUAAAUGGAUUUUCUCCUGAUCAAAAGUUUCCACAAGCUCAAUUUGCGCCUUACCAUAAUACUAGCCAUGAAUGGAAUACAAUUUGGGUCAAAGACUCUUCAAGAGGUAUUGCUCGGUAUAUUCAUGUUCUUAUAGUGGCAAAAAUACUGUUUGUAACAAAGAAUGAGGACAAAAAGAAAGCUUAUACUUCUAAUGUGGCUGAGUUUGAUCUGGUCAUGCAGACAGUGAAAUCUGGCACACUCGAUUCAGAGUCUUGUUUAAAAGAAGAAACUUGCCUUCCUUUAGGUGGAUACAGUGUCUGGUCAUCUCUUCCUCCAAUCAACAUUUCUUCCUUACAACAGUCUAAGCCCAUUUUAUUGACAGUGGCAUCCAUGGACUCUGCUUCAUUUUUUCGGGACAAAAGCCUUGGGGCAGACUCCCCUAUUUCUGGUUUAAUUGCAUUACUAGCAGCUGUUGAUGCACUUUCUCAUUUGGAUGGUCUUGGUGUCCUUAGUAAGCAGCUUGUUUUUGCAGUUUUCACUGGAGAGGCAUGGGGUUACCUUGGAAGUAGAAGAUUUUUGGUAGAACUUGACUUGCACUCAGAUGCUGUUCAUGGCCUUAAUCAUACAUUAAUUGAAACGAUCAUUGAAAUUGGUUCUGUUGGAAAGGGUCUCAGUGAAGGUGUAAACAACUUUUUUGCUCAUACAGAUGGGGAUUCUUCUGCCACAAAUCAAACACUGGUUGCCUUGAAACGUGCAAAGGAGUCACUGUUAACUGAAAACAUAAAGAUAGCAUCUGCAAGUGCUUCAAAUCCUGGGAUACCUCCAUCAUCUUUAAUGUCCUUUUUCGAAAAGAAUCCUGCAAUCUCUGGUGUUGUCCUUGAAGAUUUUGACUCUGUCUUUGUCAACAAGUUCUACCAUAGUCAUCUUGAUGAUUUAUCAAAUGUAAAUUCGUCAGCUGUAGUUGCUGCUGCUUCUCUUAUUGCCCGAACCCUUUACAUACUCGCUAGUGGAAUUGAAGAUGUUCAAGAUUCAACUUUGGCUGCUAUAAAUGUUAAUGUCUCACUUGUUGAACAACUUUUGGGUUGCUUGUUGGAUUGUGAUCCUGGUCUUUCUUGUGAAUUGGUGAAGAAAUAUAUUUCUCCCUUGUCAACCUGUCCAAGCCAUUAUGUUGGCGUUAUCUUGGAGGAACCUUCAUCUACACCUAAUACAGGAUACAUCAAUGAUGUUCCCAGGUUCGUUUGGAAUUUUCUGGCUGACAGAACUUCUAUCCCGAGGGAGAACAGCUCAGAUUGUCAACAUGGUUGCAAUGGUAGAGAUGAAGUUUGCAUCAAAGCAGAGACUGAUGGCAAGGGAGUUUGUGUUCUCUCGACAACAAGGUAUGUUCCAGCAUACUCAACACGACUAAAAUUUGAAUCAGGAGUGUGGAAUGUUUUGCCCCCUAAUUCCUCUGACAAAAUGGGGGUUGUGGACCCUGUCUGGACAGAGAGCAACUGGAAUUCAAUAGGUAUGCGGGUCUACACAGUCCAAAAUGCUGCUUAUGAUCGUCUUGUUCUGUUUGGGGGCAUCACUUUGUCAAUCGUCUCAUACCUUGCAAUAGCAACCACAAGAGCCUUUGUAUCCAAAGCAAUGAAGAGGGAUUGA